AUGCGAGGAUUACAACGAAAAUUCGGCUCAAGGUAUCAGAAACAUCGUUUAAUCAACUUAGAAGAGAAAUAUGAUAGUGUUAAUGGCCAUCGUUACUUGAUCGAUUUACUUGUAUUAUCAACUAAAGAUAGAAAAAUAUACAGAAUUUCUCAAUAUUUAUACUUGCCCAAAGGAUCAAAUACCUUAUGCUUACCGGAGAAAUUUACUUGGAAUGAUCAAGUUGAUGUACACUUUUUAAUCACUGUUAUGAAUCAAGCCUACUGGACCCAAUAUUUUAUCGAUCGUAUGAGUCAAAUUUAUCAGCAAACAAAAGAUGAACAUUUCUCAUUGACUUUUGUCGAUUUUCAUAGUACUGAUUUGGACAUUGUUAACAGCUUAAAACGUAGCAAAUUAAAGCGAUUUAACGUCAUUAACAUGAACGGCAAUUUCUCAAAAUCGUUAGGCAUGCAAACUGCUGCUAAUAGCAUAACCGAUCCUAAUAGCAUCAUUGCACAACUUGAUCUGCAUUUAGCUAUACCAGAUAAUUUUGUGCAAAAUAUUCGUAAGCAUACCAUUCAAGGUAAGCUUGCCUACUUUCCCAUGGUAUUCCGACUAUCAUGUAACUUUAGGCCCCAUAAUCCUGUCGGAUAUUGGGAGCGGUAUGGUUUCGGUAUUAAUGCAUUUUACAAAUCGGAUUUCUAUCGAAUUGGUGGUAUGAAUACGAAGAAGUUUCGCUAUUCUUGGGGUGGCGAAGACAACGAUUUAGUCAAUCGUGCCAUAGCGAGUGAAAUAGAAGUUGAACGAUUAUGUAUACGAAAUUUCUUCCAUUUCUAUCAUCGCCGUAACUCGGUUUGGAAUCGAGGCGGUAAAGCCGAUUUCCAAGACAAACCAGAUAAAGUAUUGCGCUUAGAAAAACUAUGGUAG